AUGGCGGCCAAACUACGAACGGUUCGACGGGCGGCGGUUCGUCGAACGGGAACAACGGACGUGCCUCGACACACGGAGACAGCGCGGGAAAAGCGCAAGGCGGACGCGGCAAUGGUCGCUGUAGCCAAGCUUCCGGUGGAAACGGUCGAGGACGGGGCCGGGACAAUGGUCAAAACUCGAAGAGCUUGUGCAGGCGUGGUCUACGCGGAUCGAGGGAUCCAGCAGCCAGCUGGAGGAUUCGCGAUUGGUAUCAGAGAUGACACGCAGGUGCAGACGGAGCCUGAUGACUACAUGCGGGCGCAGAAGGUGCCUGGUGCGGCGCAGCUGGAGGAGCGCGCAGCUGGAGUUGUGCAGGUGCAGGACGUGCCUGCCACGGUGCUGCGUGAUGAGCGCGCCGCUGGUGAUGUGCCGGUGCAGGCGGUGCUUGUGGCAACGACUUACCUUCAGGCGGAGGAGGCGUCUGAUGGAACAGAAAUGGGUCAUUGCCACCCACGUGCUCUAAAGCAGCUGGUGGACAAAGCGACAACCGGAGUGAAGUUCAACCGGAACAUCGAACUAUUAGGUGACUGCGGGGUUCGCGCGGUUGGCGACAUGAAGAAAGCUAUCUACCUCAAGAAUCGCACACCUACGGAGGUUCUGGGCGGAACGGUCCCACAUGAGGUAUGGCAGGGGAAACCGCUCGGUGACAUGUCGCACAUCCACGAAUGGGGCUCGGUAGCCUAUACACAUGAGGAAGCGCGAUUCCGGAACACCAAGCUGUCAGCUAGGGCCACGAAGGUGUAUCAUGUGGCGUACAACACUAAAAAUAGGACAUACAGGCUGUGGGAACCGGCGGAGCCCCUCAAGAAUACAAACUUCGCUGAGGUGUCCUUUCGUGAGUUUGAGACUCGCGACGUGAUCAAACCCAAGGAAGGGGUCUCCAACGCACCGGAGCGGAUGAAUCUGCAUACGACGGAGGAGGCGUACGAGCGGACCGAGCAUGCCCUGUUGACGGGUAGUGUGCUCGGAAACAUCGGGACUGGUCGCCCCGGUGAGGCGGGCUACAGGCCUGCUGAUCCCGCAAGCUAUUAUGGCGCAGCGGUCAACGGCACGCAGGGAGAACUCUGGAAAGAAAGCGUCAGCGACGAGGGAAAGCCGCUAUACAAACAUGACGUGUUCGACUGGGUGGAUCCGCCGAAGAACGCUAAACCGAUCCCGUCUAGGUUCCAUUUCGUGUGGAAGUACAAUCAGGACGGCGUGGCGGUUCGCGCGAAAACUCGUGUGGUGGUGCAAGGCUUUUACGAAGCUGAUACGGGGGCUGACAAGGCGGCGCCGGUGGCGUCCAUGGAAUCCGUACUCAUGAUGUUAGCAGUUGCUGCCCACAACCAUCUCGUCCUGAAGCAAGCGGAUAUCAAGACGACAUUUCUACCUGCCAGAAUCCCCGAGGAGGCGGAGCCUACAUACGUCAUACCGCCGAAGGGAUUCCCGUGUUCGCCGGGUCAAGUUAACAAGUCUGGCUUCUCAAGGCGUGGCUCCAUGGCCUGCGCCUCUCCCCGAAGGGAUGGAACUAGCACCGCAGACCCGUGUCUUUACUCCCUGCAAGACGGAGAAGUACUUCUGCUUGUAGACUAUACGUGGACAACAUCCUGUCCACCGGCACCAAUGAAGGUGACGACGGUAAUCUCGCAGCUGAAGGAAAGGUUCGAAACGGUGGAUCUGGGGGAUGCGAAGUUCCUUCUGGGAAUGGUCAUUCAGCGCCAUCUCAACGCCGGAACACUUCUCCUGACGCAAGAGGCGUACACCAAGGCCGUGCUGGCUAAGUUCAACAUGGCUGACGCGCACCCGACGAAGACGCCGGCUGAGGUUGGGCCGAUCACUACGGCGGAGGAUGAAGUGCUGUCGCCAGAGGAUACCAAGAACUUCCGGUCGGCUACGGGUUCGGUUCUUUACCUUUUUGUAGGGGAACGAGGCCGGACAUUGCACACUCACCGUUGGUGCUUAUCAGGAGCAUGGCGAAACCAGGCGGCUAAACAGCCGCUGGUGGCCGUCUCAUUGGUGGAGGCGGAGUACGUGGCGUUGUCCAAGGCUUGCCAGCUCAUCAUCCCCUUCCGGCACCUACUCAUGACUUUAGCCCGUGCCCAGACCAAGCAUAUUGAUAUCAAGGAUCACCACAUCAGGUCGCUGAUCCAGGAUGGAGUCGUAAAGGUCGAGAAGAUCGAGUCAGCAAUGCAGAAAGCUGACGUGUUUACCAAGAGUUUGGGUGCUGUGAAGUUCAUCAAGAACCGCAUGAUGCUCCUAGGAGAAUAA